CUAGGCUUAGUUCUCACCAUUGCUCCACAACUCUGGACAGCAACUACAGAGACUACCUCGAGAAGAGGAUGAUCCUAAAUGAAGCUCUGACUCUGGGGGUCUUUGUCCUGACUACCAUGAUGAGCAACUGUGGAGGUGAAGACAUUGUGGCUGACCAUGUUGGCUGCUAUGGCACAAACAUCUACCAGUCUUAUGGUCCCAGUGGCCAAUACACCCAUGAAUUUGAUGGAGAUGAGCUGUUCUACGUGGACCUGGAGAAGAAGGAGACUGUGUGGCGACUACCUAUGUUUAGCAAAUUUGAAAGUUUUGACCCACAAGGUGGACUGAGGAACAUAGCUGUGCUAAAACACAACUUGGACAUCUUGAUUAAACGUUCCAACUCUACUGCUGCUACCAAAGAGGUUCCUGAAGUGACUGUGUUUCCCAAGUCUCCCGUGACGCUGGGACAGCCCAACCUCCUCAUCUGUUUUGUGGACAACAUCUUUCCUCCUGUAAUCAAGAUCACAUGGUUGAGCAAUGGGCACGUAGUCACAGAAGGUGUUGCUGAGACCAACUUCCUCCCCAAGGAUGAUCACUCCUUCUCCAAGAUCAGUUACCUCACCUUCCUCCCUUCUGCUGAUGACGUUUAUGACUGCAAGGUGGACCACUGGGGCCUGGAAAAGCCUCUUUUGAAGCACUGGGAACCUGAGAUUCCAACCCCUAUGACAGAGCUGACUGAGACUGUGGUCUGUGCCUUGGGAUUGGUCGUGGGCCUCGUGGGCAUCGUGGUGGGCACCAUCCUCAUCAUCCGAGGCCUACGCUCAGGAAGUGUCUCCAGACACCAAGGGACCUUGUGAGCAGCACCCUACAAGAAAGAAAGGUACAAUGUCCAUCUACGAGAACAGAAGAGGAGACUUGCUACGUGACCUAGCACUAUUUUCUGGCCAAGUUCAUCAUAUUCCUUCUCUCUCCUAAGGCUCCUCCUCUCACUUCUUUUCUGGGACUUAAGGUGCUGAAUCCCCUCAGAGCUCACAUGCCCCUCUGAAUUCCACCCUCCACCACCAUAUCUUGAUUUUUUUCUUUUCUCAGUUGUUACCUACCAUGGGAAUCCCUGGGAUAUUCCACCUAAAUGCCUAAUCCCUUAGUGACCCUGAUUCAAUAUCUCCAUGGAAGCAAUAAAUUUCCCAUUAUAAGUC